AUGACCCAAACCUCUGAAAAAAUAGUUCGAUAUCUGCGAUCUGAUGCAACUCCUUUAUCAGAUGAUAAUAUACAAGAUAUCAUUAAUGCCAGAAAUUCAAUGAAACGUGCAUCAGAAGCUAUGGCUAUUAAAUAUAAAAUAUCAACAAGGCGUGUAUAUCAAAUAUGGAGGGACAAUCAUCCGCCAAUAGAUCCUAGAGAAGUAGUAUCACAACCAAUUAAUAUAGGGUCGAUAUCAUUAUUGCGGAGCAAUGACCCAAAGGGUCUAUCAAAAAAUGUUAGUCAAAAAAAUAAGAUUAAUAAUGAAACAAUGGAACUAACACAACCCAAGAUGAGUCAAAGACUCAAAGCUCAGCUUCCUCAAAGUUCUACUUCCUUAUGUGCAGUAAAAAAAAGAGUCUCUUCUAUAGACAAUACAUCUAAGAGAAAAUCCGAUCUUGAAAAAUUAAUGAAAGAUACUGAAAGAUUAGCUCCUAUAUUCCCGUCUUUGCCUCA